AUGGCCUAUCACAAAGUAAAUGCAGACCAGCGAGCACAGGGGCACUCUCCGUACCUUGACAACGAUGAGCUCCAAGCCACAGCGCUGGAACUGGAAUGGGACAUGGAAAAAGAGCUGGAGGAGCCUGGCUUUGACCAUUUCCGACUGGAUGGUGCGGUCCAGCAUCACCUGGGAAACUCACAAAGCCCUGACCUUGAUCUCGAGCCCAUCCAGCCUUCAUCUUCUCCAAAGGGAAGGUUCCAGCGGCUUCAGGAAGACCCUGACUACGUCUCACACUAUACGAGACAGGCACCAAAGAGCAACCGCUGCAGUUUUUUUCAGAUACUGAAAGUAUUUUGCACUGCUUUGAUUUUAUUUAUUUUUGGAAUUGUGAUAGGAUAUUAUGCACGGAAGAAAUGCCCUUCUCCCUCAACAUCUCAAGAACCAAAUAACCCUCAUAUCUACCAUGAAAUUCUCAAGGAAAUCAAAGCUGAAAAUAUUCAGCAGAUUUACAGAGAUUUAUUACAGUUGUCUAGAGAAGAUGAUGUAGACAUUGCAAUGAAAAUCCUGGUUCAGUGGAGUUCCCAAGGCCUUGAAGAUGUCCGGCUGGUAAAUUACUCUGUUUUACUUGACCUACCAGGCUCUUCUUCAAACACAGUAACUCUGAAAAACAGCGGUGAAUGCUUUUAUCCUAGUGGACAACAGUGCAACAGAGACACCAAAAUGCUUCAUAGCCAAGACCUCCUGUACUCAUAUGCAGCUUACUCUGCCAAAGGAACUCUUGAGGCAGAACUUGUUGAUGUACAGUAUGGGACCGUGGAAGACUUGAUCCGGGUUCAAGCCAUUACAAACGUGACCAAAAAAAUUGCACUUUUGAAGCUAGGACAAUCACCUUUGCUUUAUAAGCUUUCUCUGUUAGAAGAUGCAGGGUUUGGUGGUGUUCUUCUUUACGUUGAUCCUUGUGACUUACCAAAGACUGCAGAUCUUGCUGAUAAAGCUUUUAUGGUUUCCUUGAACAGCGGAGGGGAUCCAUCAACACCUGGUUAUGCCAGUAUUGGUUUUCUGUCAGUAAAUGAUCUCGUUGACAGUGUGCAUUCCAAUCUCCAGUUUGAGAAAAAGAAGCUUAAUUCUAUGGAAGAUGUUGAUAAAAGUACAUUGAUGGUUUCUACUAGAACCCUUAGUGCAGCUUGUCUGUGGUUUUAA